AUGGACUCCGCGCAUUUUACGCUGCCCACCAAAGCCGAUAAGCCAGGUUCUCCGCGACCCAAUGGCCGAACAACCGAACAAUACACUGGACAUGCAUAUGAUGCAGUAACUGAAUUGGGCACGGAGCUUGGCAGGCUGGCUGUGGGAGAUGGACGAAUCAGACACAUCAGCAGUGGCUUCUGGGCAAUCUUGGACGAAGAGGUGGAUGACCUGAAGAGUUUACUGAUGGACUUCCCGGAUGAUACAGAGACUUCGAACGCACCCAUCACGUCAAACUCCAGACCUACCGACCAGAGCUUCAUCUUUGGGAUAGGUGCUCAGCAUCAUUCCGUGGAAAACUGCGACAGGCUUAUAACAAUUCUAUCUAUACCUACAACGGAGCCGAUCAUUUUACGAGCCAUCAAGCAAUCAAAUUGUAUACCUAAAGGACUUGAGGCACUCAUAUUCUCCAUUUACUUCGCCGCUAUAGAGAGUCUCACGGAAAGCGAAUGCUGCGACAUCUUCGGUAAUCACAAGGGGGCUCUCAUCGACAGAGCCCAAUUCAUUGAAACGAAUGAGUUAAUAGUGUUGCAAGCUUUUGUCAUCUUUCUCACGAGCUUCCGGAAUUACGGCAUCAUCAGGCUCAUGCGCAUAUUGCGGUGGAGUAUCUGCGUCCUUGAUUUCCGCCCAUGCGAAGAUUCUGGCCACGACGCUACGCUUCCUCACAGCGGUGCAAACACCCCUAUACCAUUCAACAUCAACGAUUCGGACUUGUCCGUACGCAUGAAAGAGACUCACCAAUCGCGGUUUGACCUCACGGAAAUGAGCUUCAACCUGAUUGGCUUUGAGGCGACAUCUCUGUUUCGACAACUCCAAUACUCCUCGACCAGUCCAUUGGGGAAAUGGGGGAAAGUUGUCGACCUUCGACUUCGUGAAUUUUACCUGAAAUAUUGCAACCUAUCUGAACUAUUUCUUUGUAUUCCAAAAUACUGCCUGGCUCUAAGCCCACAAAGAAGACCUAGAAAUGGAGGUGGCUAUACGAGACACAUACACAAUGGUAUGCGCUUACCUUUCUUGCUCUCUGCCUUGUGUGUUCGGGCUGAAGGCGAACAUCUCUCAAGCUCUUGCCAUAUGAGAAGUGCUAAGAGUCAAAGGGGGCCAUCGGACAUCGACGAAAUUUGCUGCGAUGAAUAUAAGCCAUUACGGCGGUUGAUAGGGAAAGACCGAGCCGCCAGAUCCCGAGCACCUCUACUGAAAGGAAUUGUUCCCCAGGGCCCUGGCGUAGGCGCAACACACACGAUUGCACAUGAAGAGCUCGGCAUAUCUGCAGAUAACGAAACAUCAGACUUGGGGCAUUUCAUCAACCAUGCGGCACUGGAUUGCAUGUACGCCGCGUCAGAGGAAACACCGGGAGUCCAUCACCACUGGCUUUACGAUCUAGAAUUCCCCAACCAAGUGCAUGAUGGAAUGUACGGCGGCAUGAACUGGAAUACCACAGUCGGCAUGGAUGAUUUGAAGCCAUUAACUUAA